GAGGAGUGAAAAUCAUCAAAUGAUUUGAUUAAACUACGACAGAACCCAGCGUAAAGUUUGAGGAGUCUGUAGCUGAUGGCGGCAGCGACAAACUACAGCGACGCACUUUGCUGCAAACGCCGGUGAAACGAGAGAACGCGUCUUUAGACGACCCACGACGUCGUAUAAAACAUGAGGGGAAUGAUUCUCCAGCUCGGCCGCAGCGUGAGACGCGCCGCCCCGGUCCUCAGCCGUAGCCUCCACUCUGGUACUCGACCCGCCUCCACCGCUGCCUCCAAACUGAGAGCAGACCGCCCGCUCACCUCGGAGGAAAUCUACGCCCGCGAGGACAAGUACGGAGCGCACAACUACCACCCGCUGCCCGUGGCCUUGGAGCGAGGGGAGGGCAUCUACGUGUGGGAUGUUGAGGGAAACCGAUAUUACGACUUCCUCAGCGCUUACAGCGCCGUAAACCAGGGGCACUGUCACCCCAAGAUCAUAGCGGCGCUCGGCGCCCAGGCCUCCAAACUCGCCCUCACCUCCAGAGCGUUCUACAACAACGUGCUGGGAGAGUAUGAGGAGUACGUCACCAACAUGUUCGGCUAUGACAAAGUUUUACCCAUGAAUACAGGUGUUGAAGGAGGUGAAACUGCAUGCAAGCUGGCGCGGAAGUGGGCCUACAAUGUGAAGGGAGUCCCCAAAAACAAGGCUAAAAUCAUUUUUGCAAAUGGAAACUUCUGGGGACGCACCAUGGCGGCCAUCUCCAGCUCCACCGACCCCAGCAGCUACGAAGGAUUCGGUCCCUUCAUGCCGGGCUUCGAGCUCGUCCCAUUCAACGACAUUCCCGCACUGGAGAAAGCUCUUCAGGACCCAAAUGUUGCCGCUUUCAUGGUGGAGCCAAUCCAGGGGGAGGCCGGUGUGGUUGUGCCUGACCAGGGCUACCUGACAAAAGUCAGAGAGCUUUGCACAAAAUACAACGUGUUGUGGAUUGCUGAUGAGGUGCAGACAGGUUUGGCUCGUACUGGUCGGCGACUGGCCGUGGACCACGAGGGAGUUCGUCCAGAUGUGGUGAUUCUGGGCAAAGCUCUUUCUGGAGGAGUUUAUCCUGUAUCUGCUGUGUUGUGUGACGAUGAGGUAAUGCUGACCAUCAAGCCCGGGGAACACGGGUCAACGUAUGGAGGUAACCCUGUGGCCUGUCGGGUUGCUAUCGCUGCACUUCAGGUGAUGGAGGAGGAGAAGCUGGCAGAAAAUGCUCAAAGGAUGGGGGAGCUGCUGAGGGCUGAGCUGAGAAAACUACCAAAAGACAUUGUGACAUUGGUCAGAGGGAAAGGCCUCCUCAACGCAGUCAUCAUCAAAGAGACUAAAGACUACGACGCCUGGAAGGUGUGCUUACGUCUCCGUGACAACGGCCUGCUGGCCAAGCCCACCCACGGCGACAUCAUCCGCCUGGCCCCGCCCCUCACCAUCAAAGAGGACGAGCUGCAGGAAUGUGUGGACAUCAUCCAGAGAACCAUCAUGUCCUUCUAAAAACUCCUUCAGACAUCCUCUAACUCAUCACCCACAUUAGCUCAAGAAAACAGUUUUGUUUUUAGUUUUUCACAGAAUGUGCUUCCUUGAAGGGCGAUACUGCAGAAUACAGAUGUAUGGAUUGUGCUUCUAUGAGGAAACACUAAAACUUCAGUACAGGAAAAAAAAAAAAAAAAAGAAAAGAAAGCUGCUGUAAAGAAAAAGGAGAAAAAGGGUUCCGUUAAGCUUCCUGGAGAGCGACGUUACAGAUGUUAUGUUUAAUAGAGUGGUCAUUUUACAUUUUUGCUCGUGAUAAUAUUAAUAAUUUUUAAUUAAAUAUUUAAAAUUGUUAUUAUUAUUUUUAAAAGAAGAGUGUUUUUACGGAUGAAGCAUUUAUAAAGGUCCUCGGUUUCUUUCCUUAGAGCUUUUGUGCUGAAGUAAAUGCAGCAGAGAGAAGAGAAAUCUCCGGAUACUGACCAGCAUAGUUAAAAUAAAUAGAUUAGUUUACAUUUCCGUUAGAGUAUACAGUUAGCCCACUGAAGCACCGCUGCUUGCUGACGAAAACCUCAUCAAACCAGUGCUGUUACGUAGAAGCGAAGAACAUUUUUAAUCUUGAAAAAGCCUCGAAACAUAUAUUAAGUUUCACUUCCUUCAAGAUUUUCAUGGGGACACAAAUUGCAGAAGCACUUCUAAUGCUGAAAUUCCAGAUAUUCUCAUUUAUAAUUAAAAAAAAACGCUUACACGUUCUAUGUUUUGCUGGAAUGUUACAUGAGUUAAAGUGUGUGUUACAGCAGAAGAAAUACUCUCAGUAAUCCUUGGAACAACUCAAAUCCGGAAACAGAACAGAAUUUCCCCUGAGGGCAUUAACAAAGUCUGCCUCUGUUACACUGAACAAUCAAAUUUAUUUAAUUUAAACAUGCUGUGUAAGGAUUAAUGAGUGUUGGGGGGGGGCUGUUCUGGUCCAAAGUAUUCGCUGUAUGUUUGUGUGUAGAGAUUGUCUUUUUAAAGGCAGUACGGCAUUGCCAGUGGUUGCAAAAAUCCAUUGAUAUUCUUCAAAUAAAUUAUUCCAAUCCACGGA